AUGGCCAGUUUUCCGGAGGACUCGAUGAUGAAACCGGUGCAUCCAAACCCCCCCUUUUUUCGAGACACCCCACAAGCGGGAGUCGGCGGACGUGAUCGUCUCCGCCAUCCGCUUAACACGAAAUACGAAAGACCCACGCCCAACGAGGCAGUUGGAAUGGCCAUCCAGGAUCAACAAGCAGCACCUCCCUCGCAGUCCAGGAUCAAGUUUGCCCUGGAUCGACCGCGCCCCCCAGUCAUGCGCGGUUCCGUCCCCGUUAUGGAACUGGAGGAAGGCGAUCUGGAAAAGAGUGCUGACAACUGA